AUGAACAUUCCAUCUCUUCUCCAUGGCCUCGGCUGGAAUUCUCUAGUUGAAGACACGAGAUUCAGCUAUUGCCCUGAAUCUGUUCGUAAAUUCUAUGUCAAUAUCAAGUGUGGUCCUGGAUGUAACCCAUCUUUCUUUACCACUACUGUGUUUGACUAUGAGGUCAAGGUCACCCCGCAGCUUCUGGCAAACCUUCUUGAUCUUCCUUACUCUGGGUUUCUAGCUGGAACUGAUGGCGAAUUCUCAGAUCGAGGGUUCUGCUUUUCUGCUGAACUAGCAUCUCUCACCCGGGAUAUAGGUCGAUUCUAUCCUACUCAGCUUGCGGCUGGAUGUCUUCAUGAAGAUCUGAAAAUCCUGUCGAAUGCCAGAUUUGGUCGCCAAAUCAGCUAUGCUUCCCUCAUGUUUCAUCACAUGAUUAAGUAUGGGAUGGAGUACUUCACGGGGCUUUUGCCUUUUGGCCCUCAGAUUACUAAGCUUCUGUACAAGGUAGGAAUCGAUCUUAGUGAAAAUAUCAUUCUGUGCAAUGUGCUCGAAGAUCUGCGACCUCAGCAUAUCCUGGCCAAGUUAGAUGCUGAAGUAGGCCCCCGCAAGCUCGUCACUGGCUCAGGGGGAGUCAAUGCUAAUCCUGCAGAAUCAUAUGUGUCAGGAAAGCUGGUAGGAGCACUUAUGGAUGCAUCAAUAUCUGUAGUCAAACGAGAAUCAGUGAUGCCUGAAAAGCCAACCACCUCUCUGAAGAGACUUAGGGAAAAAGAUCUGAUGUGGCCUAAAUUCAUAUAUGAAUCAGGAACUGUUAAUGAUGCCAUAAGUUCUGAUUCUGAGUCUGAGGAAGCAGAAGGAGUUUCAGACUAUGAGUCACCGCCAGAUUAUCCUUUCUAG